GACGGAGAGCAGCUUGGUCAGACGACUUUAUGGCCGCGCCUUCUCUCGGAGGAUUCCUGCGUUCCCAAACAGUGGCCAUGGGGGCUUCUGAGAGUUUCCCAGCUACGCCCACCUGCACCCCUUUGCUGAAUAAGCACCUGAAACAUGUCAAUGACCCAAGGUCACCUACUACUGGGAUCCCGAGAACACCCAUUGAGGUACAGAGUUCCCCCAAAGACAACACACAAUUUCCAAAACAAGGGGAGUUGGUAGCCAAAAGCCAGCAUGAGAGCUGGGAUCCUCGUUCCCCAACGCCAGGAAUUUCACGCACUCCUCUAAAAGAUGUGUUAGCUGAUACCAUAAAUUACCCAGUGAAGUUGUUUUGUGAAAACUUUAUGGGACAAAAUAGAGAGGAAGAGCUAUCUCAACAGGAAUCUCAGCAUCAAGAUCAAAAAUCUGAAUUCACCUUUGGAAUGGAGGAGAGGACUGCAAAGAGCAUAGUUUCUUCUGAGGAAAUUUUCCUAGGGGAUUCUCAGCAAGCAGAAGGGGGAAAUGACCAGUUUUCCUUGGUUUCUGUUGUGGCUGCCACAAAACCAGUACAGUCUGCCCGCAUCAUUCACCCUACAGGAAGCAAGUCAGUAAAACGCAGAAUCAGUAACAAAACGAUGGCAAUGCCAACUGGCACUGGACGUUCCCCACUUAGUAUCCUUCAGGGUGACAAUUCUCCAAUUUCCCUUGCUUUUCAUCAGAGUAAAAGGACUUCAUCAGUGACAGAUAAUCAAAGAGAGCCAAAGGAUGGAAACUUAAACUCUGGGCCUAACUUUCCAGCAGAUAGCUGUGGUUGGGAUCGCAUGAAUAAGGAGAAUCGACAGUGUCGUUGGGUGGAAAAUUAGCUUCAGGUGCUCUGUGGAUUACCACCUUUUAAUAGGAAGGUUUGAUGGCUCAAAUAUGAAGACAAUAAAGUAGCAUGAUUUUUAUUUUUAUUUUAUUUUUU